AUGGAAAAGGGAAACCUGUGCAGGUGGUACUUUGAGGCUGAGAAGGAGCUGUAUGAAAGUGGCCUACUUGAUGGUUGUGGCUACAAGUUGGCCUAUGGUAAGAGCAAGAAUGGCCAGGAUGGCAAUGAAGCAGAAGCUGAACAGCAGUGGGGAAAAGAUGAGACAACAGCGAAAGAACCGCUGGAGAACAGGCACCAAUCUCCCUUCAGGUGCAACAUUGACCAUGAGUACAUAGAGGCGGCCAUCCCUGAGGUUACUGAGUGGUUUGACCACAAGUACACCAAGGAUGUGUUGUCUGACAAUAAGUGGAUAAUGGCCUGGAUCAGCUGGCUCAACCUCUUCUAUGACAGAGCGAAUACUGUGCACAAUAAGAUCAGCCAUGUCAUCAAACUCAUAGAGUGGUGCUUGGUGUUCAAGCGCAACAGCAUAAGCAACUAUGAGGGAGCUGCAAUGGUGCUCAACAGCUUGCGGGAUGCAGCUGGAAUUGCCAAAGCAAAAGGCUUGAGACAACGUGCGAUGCUACAACACUCCAAGCUACGCAUGGCCGAGGAAAGUGGCAACACCUGCUGCCAGAACUUCGAGUCUACCGGCAACAUCAGCAGCGACGUGGAGGACAACUACGACAAUGAUGACGACGAUGAUGAUGACGACGAGCCCUCGAGGCCUUACAGCAGCGCUCAGAAGGCAGCACGCACGCGCCACGAAUGGGGUGUGGCGUGGGAUCUCCAACGCUAUCUUAUUGCCAUGCUGACAUUCCUCAGGGUUAGGGUUAGGGUUAGGGUUUAG